AUGACCACGCUAACAGAACCGCCGCCUGUUGUACCGCACAGAUUUGAACAGCAUGUCGGUUUUGACAACCUCCCGGUCGGGGAGGCGACCAAGAACAAUCCCUCCUCUUUUACUCUUCAAGCAAGACACCAGGGUUACCAUCCUACGCGCCGGUCACGCACCUUCAUGAUCGGAGUGGACGAGCAUGCCUAUUCUGAUUAUGCGCUGGUCUGGCUGCUUACCAACAUGGUAGACGAUGGCGACGAGGUAGUAUGUGUGAGGGUGAUUGAGACCCCAUUCCGGCCGGGGGAGAGGAACUACCAAGAGGAGGCGAAGAAGCUUUUGGAGCAGAUUCAGUCCAAGAAUGAGCUUAACAGGGCGAUUAGCAUCAUCCUAGAGUACUCCGUCGGCAAACUGCAUGACACCUUCCAGCAACUGCUCCUGAUUUACAACCCUUCGAUGCUUGUGGUUGGAACUAAAGGACGGUCGUUGGGAGGAUUCCAGGGACCCGACGAAAAACGGAUGAAGAAGAAGGAAAAGCGGGCGCAAGACCCCAACCGGCAAAGCUACGCGGCUAUGCUUGCGUACAACCAGGGCAAGCACGAGGCAGACAGCGAGACGAGCAGCCUUUACGAAUUCGAAAAGAAUAUUUCUGCGGACGAGGAGGCGCAUCAAGUUGCCGCAGCGAUAGGGCUCCCUGCGCGAUUUGAUCCGACCAUCAAGCCAUACCGGCCGCGCAGUACCAGUCGGCCCCGUAGAUCAUCGCCGUCGCCCCUCGCAUCCUCCAAGCCUUCGCCCAGGGCCACGUCGAUUUCGCCCCCUCCGGCACCGCUUGUGGCAGACAGUGGAGAUGAAGACAGCGGGGACGACGAAGACGAGUUUGAGGUUAUGUCGGGAGACCAGCUCUUGGCUAGAGGCCGGAGCAAGGCUGCAGCCCGCGAGAAGGAAAAGGAAGAGCAGAAGAAGAAACGACUCCACGAUAUGGAGGUUGGCGAGGCUGCUGCCUUGCUGCAGUCGGGCAAGUCGCGGCAACAGCUGGAUGAGGAUGACGACGAUGACGACUCGCAGGAACGGACAAGCGGCGAUGCUACCACGACAUCAAAGUCUUAG